AUGCUCAAGGCCUUGUCGUCGUCUGGCGAGCCAACAGUGAAGUCGUUCCACUCGCUCGUCGCAACUCGACAGACACACGCACCUCGGCUCAAGGACUGGAAGUUGGCGAAGCGUAUUGCUCGCUAUCUCAAAGGGAUAACUACGUUAAAGAUGAACAUGACUCCAGUGAAUAACGCGAGUUCUCCAAUUACGAUCGAGGCGUAUAGCGACGCUUAUUAUGCCGCGGACAAGAACGACCGCAAGUCCCUACCUGGCAGUGUCGUGCUCGUGAACGGCAUAGCUAUCAGCUGGGCGUCCCGCAAGCAAGGCGGUGUGACACUCUCAACCAUGGAGGCCGAGUUUGUGGCCGCAUCGGAGAAUGCACGUGAGCUUCUCGGCAUUCAAAAAAAGCUCGGUGAAGUGGGCAUGGAACCUGAGCUGCCCAUGACACUUCAUGUUAAUAACCAAGCAGCGAUACGACAGCUCGACGGUGAAGCGACAUCGAUGAAGGCAAAGCACAUAGGAGUGCGGGUCCAGUUUGUGUGCAAUUUGGUGUGUCGUGGCGUGAUCAAGGCUCAAUACGUCCACACUGACGAACAGCUCGCCGACGCACUGACGAAAGCACUCGACGCGCCAAAGCUCGCAGCGAUGAGAAAGCUCCUCGGUGUGGCGUAG